GUUAAUAUUUUUACGAUUCCCAUUGUGCAUAUCACCAUCACCAAAUAGGAUACGUCAAUGUAGGCCGCCGCUAAGAUAGUGACACCGAUAUGGCGCUGUUAAUAGCGGCUGUGGCGUUAUAGGCGUCUGCCACUAUAGCGCGCACAAACUAUAGAUAAGAUUAUAUUUUUACGAUUUCCAUGCAAUUUGUUUCGUUUGAGAGUUUCCCAAAAAACAGUAAGUAGGUGCUCUCGGAAGGUGUAAAGCGUCUUCGCCGCGGUCGAUUAAAGCACGUCGAGUUGUGUACGCAAAUAUGGAUUUUCACGCCGACAAACCAUUUUUGUGCGAAUGCAUCUGACGUUAACUAGCGGAUAUUAAAUGAGAAAUAUUGUACAUAACUUUUAAAAGCUUUUGUUUGCGUAUUUGUGCAUGAAAAACGACCAAAUAAGUAUAUGAAUAGUCCAUAAAAUAAUUAAAAUUUUGUUUAAAGAAAACAUUCGAUUGCAGAGACUCGCAGUGUAUUGAAUUACAAUUGGUCUGCUACUAAUAAAUAAAAAGUAAGCAACGCUUUCAUACAUACUAUGUACUAUAUAUGUACAUAUAAAAAGCGAAUGCAUUCAUAUUUAAACAGUGUUAUCUACUUAUAAGCACUUCCAUAUGUACAUAUAUAUGUAUGUAUAUGCGGUUGCUCCUUCUGAGUAGUUUCUUGAGCCGCUCGCUAAAGCACAGAAUGUGAUAACCGAUAUCGGUUUUGAAUUACGAGUUCGAGAAACAAAUCAAAAACAGAAACAAAAAUUAAAAAAAAUAUACACAGUCACCUUACAUGUAUUUAUAAAUGUAUAUGUAUAUAUAAUAAUUUGUGAGCAUAUACAUAUAGGAUAUUUUUUUUUUAACCCCUUCCCGUACAACCCCCAAUAUGCAAACGGGCAGCAGUAGUAAUAGCAGUCACAGCUGCCACAGUCAUACACAACGCCUAAAUAUUGCAAUACCCACAACGCCAGUCACUCCUAGUACGCCCGACUCAGCGGGCAUACUAAUCGGUGCUGCUGGACAGGCUGUUCACGAUAAACGUAAUAAAACGAUUAUGCACUAUUUUCGCGACCGCACACCGAGUCAUACGCGUGCACAACAACAACAAUAUAUAAACAAUUCCAAUUAUAAUCGCGAACAAAAAGUGGGUUUUAGUCGCAAGCGACAAGAAACCAGAGUUUAUUUAAAGGAACCGCCGCGUUCAGCAAUUAACAAACUGGCGUUAUUAAGCACAAGUAUGCGCGAUUUAUCGCGUUUAACGAUUGAUGAGAAAACACCAGACAUCAUUGCACCAACAGCCAAUGUGCAUUUUGAUAGUUCAACAAAUAGUAGUGCGGCUUCUGGCAUGUCCAAUGAAUCGUCGGCAGCGGAACAGCGUAAACGUCAACGUGGUCAGCGUGAUAGCUUGAAGUACUGUGAAGGAUAUUGCGCGCGACGUAUCACUGAAUUGGAACAACGUGUUUCACAAUUAGAGCAGCAAGUGCAAAAUGAACGUACCGUUGCAAAGGAUUUGUCCACACGCAUACAGGAACUCAUACGACGCGUUGAAGAUCUGAGUCUGUUGAAGGCGCCCGAAAAGCGGAAACUGACCAGUUUCCGCAGAAAAAAUGUGCAAACAAAUGCUACAAACACACAGCCAUCGGUGCAGCCAUCCAAAUUAGUGACGUGGAUGAAUUUGUCAAAUUGGUUUAAGCAGCGGCCGACUAUUGCGACGUUGAAGGAGCAAAAUAUCUACAAUGAUGAGCCCUGCUUUGAUACGGAAAUCGAAAUGGUGCUAAAACAUGAAAUCCACAAAACAGUACCAAAAAUCGUUGUAGACUGCUGUGAUCUGAUUGACGAACGUUACCGUAACUCUACGGAGCCCAUCGAGGGCAUUUAUCGUCAAUGUGGGGAUUAUAAUAAAAUCCAGACUCUACGCUUUCGUAUCGAUGCAAAUGAUUAUGCGUCAUUGCGUCAAGCAAAUAUCGAUAUUUAUACGUUAACUGGCGUACUUAAAUUAUUUCUGCGUGAAAUUAAACAUCCACUUGUAAGCGCAAAUGAAGCGAAGACUUUUAUUGGUCAACCCAAUCAGUGGUUGCUCACCGAUUUAACGGCGAAAAUCGAGAUUUUAAAAAGACUGAUCCGUACGCUGCCGGAAGUCAAUCGUGAUACAAUGAGUUAUAUAUUUGCGCACUUUAAUAAACUGACGAAAGUGCCGCUACAACAAAUCAGCGCCGAUACGCUUGCCAUUUCAAUUUCGCCCACCAUUUUCCAUCCGGUACAGAAGGGGGCGAAUACGCAGGACUUGAAGGAGAUCAUCAAAGAGGGUCAGCUGUUGGCGGAUUGUGUCAAAAUAAUGAUCGAAUAUCACAGUCGUAUAUUCGAAUGUCCAGUGGAGCGGCGACAUAAACGCAUUAGCGUACGACGUUUGCGGAAAACUUUGUCACAACCAGAUUUGUUUUUUCAAAAUUUAUUUUAAAUGUGUGUAAGAAGGCAUAAUUUUAAAUUGUAUACACUUAGUAUUUUAU